GGAUGAGACAACCAAAAUAAGAGCGUGGUGCAGCUGGUGGGUGAUGGGGGAGUCCCGGCUCAUCGUGGAGGAGCUGCUGGCUCUGUGUCUGCAGAGGAUCUCCAUGGAGGACGCCAUGGUGAACAGCGAGCGAGAGUUUGUGGAGGUGCUGAAGAACUUUGAGACGGUGAGGAAGCGCUGGCUGCUGUCUGAGCUGGAGCUGAAGAAAUACAAAGAGCUGCUGGUGAAGUCUGAUGUGGCCAAAGCUGCUCUGGAGGUCAAACUGAAACACGCCCGUAACCAGCUGGACGUGGAGAUGAAGAAACGCUACAAGGUCGAAGGAGACUACCAGUACCUGCAGAGGCAGAUGCAGCUCAUGUGUGAUAUUCUGGUCCAUGACAGUAAAUCCAGCGCCUGUUUGAACGACGAGCAGAAAUCUCUUCUGGCGACGUUUGAACACAAAGGGUCAAACGUCACUCUGCACCGCAGCAGCAAGAGGCUGUGUGUGAUCGACGAGUCAUCUUUCCUGUCCCACUCUGACAUCAGCUACGACCGGACAGACGACGACGUGGAUGUCGACACAACUGUGGUUAAACCUCUGAGGUCUCGAGCCAGAGAGAAGAGGCGCUCGUCCCUGGGCCCGGUCGCCGGCGCUCCGGCCGGGAAGCUCCGGCGAGGCGGGAACGUGUCUUCAGAGCUGCUGGAGAGAAAAACUGUGGAGAAGGAGGUGGAGACGAUAGUGAAGGCCUCAGUGAUGACUCCUGAGACUGGAGGUCAGGUCCACAUGGUGCUGGGAAUCACACAGGAGACCCCUGAGAGCCCUCAGAUCCUGAUGGAGGAGGGUGCUGUUUCAGUCCGAGGAGAUCAGACCUCCGUGUGGUUUCCCUGUGAUGACACUGUGGCGGAGCCUCAGACCGAAGUGCAGACGGAGAACGCCGCUGUCAGACCGCCACAUGGCAGAGCGUCUGAGAAAACCCCCAAACAUGUUUUCCUUUCUAAAACUGUGAUCCGGCCGGAGACGUGUUCGCCGUGCGGGAAGAGGAUCCGCUUUGGGAAGAUGGCGGUGAAGUGCAGAAACUGCCGCACAGUUUCUCACCCAGAGUGCAAACAGAAGCUCAGUGACAGCUGCUCGGCCACGGCCUUGACGGGAAGUUCAGCUCAACAGAACACGUUGGAGAGUUUUGCUCCAGCGAUCCAUCCCAGAGUUCCUCAGCUGAUCGUGGACUGUGUGGCGGAGAUAGAGAGGAGGGGGCUGGAGGAGAGAGGUCUGUACAGAGUUCCUGGUGGGGAGCGUCUGGUGAAAGAGCUCAGAGAACGAUUCAUCCAGGGAAAAACUCCACUAAUGCUCAGUAAAGUUUAUGAUGUCCACGUGCUGUGUGGGGUUCUCAAGGACUUCCUGAGGAAACUGAAGGAGCCGCUUGUCACCUUCAGACUGCACAGAACCUUCAUGGAGGCUUCAGAGCUGGCAGAUGAAGACAACAGUGCUGCCAUUAUGUAUCAGGCCAUCGCAGAGCUGCCGAAGGCAAACAGGGACACGCUGGCCUUCCUCAUGCUUCACUUACACAAGGUGAUGCGGAGCCCUCAGUGUCAGAUGGACGGGAAUAAUUUAGCCCGAGUGUUUGGACCAACUAUCGUGGGACACGGGAUGUCCGAGCCGUCCCCAACGACCAUCAUGAGAGACACAAACACGCAGCCAAAGGUGAUUUGCAGCUUGUUAUCUAUCCCUGAAGCCUACUGGAGACGUGUCCUCUCCAUCCAGACAGCUAAAAUACCAUCCACCUCCACCAUGGCCUACAGCCAGGAUGACGGACCUGGUCGGCUGUUUAAGCCGCUGACUUCUCCAGAGUUGAACAGCUACUAUAGAAGUCCCAGCAAUGGAUCUCUUAGAGGCCGGAUCCGGAACCUGGGCAACACUGUCACCACCACUAGUCGAGCAGAACCAGGGAAGAGGUUCUUCACUUCACCCAGCUGAUCCACAACCUGCUGACCUGAACCACGUCCAGACUUUAAUCAGUGGUGGAAACAAAGAGCAGAUAAAUGCCCUGUAAUGACUCAGCACUGCCCCCUGCUGCUCACACUGAGAUCAUCGAUGAGUCUUGAGACUGAUGGCUUUAUUUAAACCAAAAUAUUUUUUGUAUGUCUUUAUUAUUAAAUUGAAACAACAUGCAUCAAGAAAAACUGCUAAUCACAGCUCGUUCUGUUUCAAUCAAGUUUGUCUGAGAAAAAGCAAAGAGAUAAAGUUUAAAUUUUCACAUUCAAAUAAAAAGAAGA